AUGGCAAGGGGUAUGACAACAGUUCAGUCUCACACGCAAUCGAAGGAGACCAUCUCCUUUCCUGUUUUGACCUAUACCGAUGCGUUGCCGCGGAACGACCUUCAAUCUCUUGAGGCUUCGCAGCGUCCAACUCAGCCAAUCAUGGGACAGUGGGAUUUCAGCCAGCCCUCUACGGGAGAUGGGUGGUUCAGAAAGCCACCUCCGAGCCAAAGCGCAACUUUCGACUUUUGCCUAACAGCGCCACCAGAUGAAGCCAUUCAAUCUACCCGAUCCGGCCGUACCCAAACUGACCACCAUAUGAUUGGUAUCGCGCUGGGCAGUCCCGGCAUGUUAAACAAAGAUCAGGCUCUACCGCCCCCCAGAUUUGAUGAAUCAAUCUUUACAGAAAAAGAUUCAGCCAAUAAGCCCAGCAAGUGGAAGAAGAUUGGCGGAUUCUUCAAGGCAAAGAAUGCGUUUACAUCGCCAUCAGAUGCCGCACAAGAAACCACCUUCAAGCCACAAAUCAAUAAAGAUAAUCUACCGGAGAAACCGCACAAAGCAAGACUGAGAAAGAAUUCGACAGAAGAGUGGCCGAAAAUUGAGGUUGAUCCCAGGAGUAUGCCUAUGCCUGGUCGAAGUGAUCAAACUCCCCAGCGGAGUCGGAACUUUUCACUCGGCAACAAGGCACCCAAGGAGGAAUCAAGUCCCCGGGACCUUUUACUGAGUGUCGAUAUCCCAGAUAUUCAGAUGGAGCGAUACAGUGUCAUGUUCAGCAAUGUCGUCAACAAGAACCAAAAACCCUCACUGCUGGCCAGGAGGGCUAAAACAUUGGACAAUCUUCGCGUGCCAGAUGCAAAUGGUUUCCUAAAAUCAGCUGCACCACCCCCAAUGCCCCAACGCCGCGCAACAUCACCAGCGCAAUCAAGCUUCACCUUGUUCCCAACUUCGCAGCCCUCAAAAGCGUCCCAGGUACUCGGCACGCAGAAUUUCUCCCGCGGGCCGAGCCCACUAAUGAGAGCAAACACACUUCCUGUGGAAAGCCCCUCGAAGAUGCGUCCACCACAGCUCCAUGGUUCAAACAUGGGUAGUGUCACAUCAUUUGAGUCACCCGUUAUUCCGAAGCUCUUCUCUGAGCGUUCCAAUACACCCCGCUCCUCUAGUAGCUACGACAAGCCUCUUCCUGCUAUCAAGCCGGAGCCACAGACCCAAAUACAGAAGAGUGUCCAGCCAGAAAAGAAAAUCCCAUCCCCGCAGAAGACUCGACCACAACAAAGCGCCCAACCCCACAAUAUUGCUGUGACAAAGCCCGUUGCUCAGCACAGGGUUCAUCCACAAUCAAGAAAGGAUUCGCUACCGCGAGCCAUAGAAAGACAGCCCCAGGUUUCUUCGCCACAACACAAAACCACACAACAGCCCAAUACGACAUCAAGCCACAGGACCAACGAUUCAGUGCGACCGCAUCUCAGAGUCAAAACCGAAGGCCGACCACACCCACCCUCAAAGGACACACUGUCCAGUACAUCUCGAAGCUCUCCUUCAGCAUUAAAUGCGACCCAAUCCAAGAUUGACCGAAUCAUGUCCCCAUCGUCAGCAUCAACCGGUCCUAGAUCCGGUGUAUCACCAGCAGAGUCUACGCGCAUGCCAUUCGCCGAUGUCGAGACUCUUGAUACCGAAGAGCCUGCGCCCGAGCCUAGACGUCCUAUCCCAAAAGUGGAGAUCUCAAUAGCACGCUCUGUCUCUGUGUCACGGGCAAAGCGGCAGGUUCUAGUACCCAUUGGCAUGAGGGUCGAUCAUCUAGACCCGCAGGAGCGGGUUGUGCACAGAAGACCUAUGACACCCCAGAUUACAGAUGCCCACCGGGGCCAUCGGCCUGGUGUUUCGCAGGAGUUGCAAAUAGAGUGUCUGUGA